UUCAAUCCUUUAUGAAGUGAAUGUUGAAUAUUUUUAGUGGACGAAUUCAUAAAAUUAUAUAUCUCUCAUUCAAAAGUUGAUUCCUCGCCAAAUGUUAUAAUCCAAAUUUUAACUGUGUCAUUAAAAUAAAAGUCAUUUAUCACGUGAUUUUGAAAUUCUUAUCUGACAACAAUUUCCUGACAAUUUUACAGGUUUAAAUCUCUAUUUCAGAAAAACAAGGUUAAUUCUAAAGAAAAAUGUUAUUUCGUGGAUUUAUAUUUUUAAUGAUUAUUUUUAUCGUUAAAAAAAGUUUAGGAUUAACUGCAAAAGAAAUUGUGCAUCCUGGACAAACGGAUUUAUUCGAACUUUCAGUGAUUCAUAUUAAUGAUUUUCACGCUAGAUUUCUCGAGACAAAUCCAUAUUCUGGAAGUUGCAAUAAUUCUGAGAGAGAAAAAUGUAUUGGUGGAUUUGCAAGAGUUUACACAGCAAGUCGACAAUUAGUUGAUGAAAGACCAAAUGCAAUUUUUUUAAAUGCAGGAGAUAAUUUUCAAGGAACAAUAUGGUAUAAUUUUUUUAAAUGGAACGUUACUGCUAUUUUCAUGAAUAAACUACCACAUGACGCUAUGACAAUUGGAAAUCAUGAAUUUGACGAUGAAAUUAAUGGACUUGUUCCAUUUUUAAAGGAAAUCAAAUGUCCCGUUGUUGUGACAAAUAUUGACAGUUCAAGAGAACCAACAUUGCAGGGACUUUAUAAAAAUAGUACAAUUAUUAAAAGAGGUGAUAAAAAAAUUGGUAUCAUUGGUGUUAUUUUAUCAACAACAAAUUUGAUAGCAAAAACAGGAAAAUUAUUAAUUUUGGAUGAAGUGGAAUCAAUAAAUAAUGAAGCUGAUAGACUAAAAGCUCAAGGAGUGAAUAUUAUCAUAGUAUUAAGCCAUUGUGGAUUAAUUGUUGAUAGAAAAAUUGCAGAAAAAUGUCCAAAUAUUGAUAUUAUAGUUGGAGGACAUUCACAUACAUUUCUUUAUACCGGUAAUAAGCCAUACAGAGAUGUACCUGAAGAUGUUUAUCCGGUUCACGUGAAACAAAAUACUGGUAGAACAGUAUUAAUUGUUCAAGCAGCUGCUUUUACAAGAUAUAUUGGGAAUUUAACUGUUUGGUUUGACGCACGAGGUGAAAUUCUCGAUUGGGAAGGAAAUCCUAUUCUAUUAGAUAAUUCAAUAACAGAAGAUCCAGAAAUAUUGGCGGCUCUUCAACCGUGGAAGGAAGAAGCUGAUAAACAAGGAUCAAUUGAAAUUGGAGAGACAAAAGUUUAUCUUCAAGGAUUACAAACUUGUCGAAGAGGUGAAUGCAAUUUAGGAAAUUUAAUAACCGAUGCAAUGAUAGAUUAUUAUGUAAAGGAAAAUGUAAACAAUACUUACUGGACAAAUGCAGCAAUUGCUGUGAUUAAUGCCGGAGCAAUUCGUAGUGAUAUUAGUAAUAAUCCUGGAACAAUUAAAUAUGAGGAUCUCAUAAUUGUUACCCCUUUUUCUAACACUUACGAUUUAGUUGAAUUACAAGGAAAUACUAUUUUGAAGAUUUUAGAGAAAGCUGUCAUUACUGAACCUACAGAAAAAUUUAUUGGCUUUAGUUUUCUUCAAUGGUCAGGACUCAAAGUUACUUACAAUUUAUCAUAUCCAGAAUAUUCACGAGUAAUUGACGUACAAAUUAGAUGUCAAUUUUGUCAGAUACCAAAAUAUAAAAAUUUAGACAGUGAAAAAUGGUAUAAAGUAGCGAUAACUGAUUUUUUACUCAAUGGAGGUGACAAUCAUACUGAUAUACAAAAUGGAUAUCGUAAUCAUCAAAUUGGACCAUUAGAUAUAGAUACUAUUGUUAAGUUUGUAAAAAAAAGGAGUCCAAUCACUUAUGGUAAUGAGGAAAGAGUGAUUCUAUUGCAAUAAAUAAUAAAUUCAUUUCUUUUUUU